GGCGCAAGAAAGAAACAUGAAUGCGCUGGACGCCACUUCCCCAGCCACGCUCUCCGUGGACAAGAGGGCAAUCACAAAAGUGUCCCUCGUCAUCCUUCCUCUCGACAUUACCGGGAAGAAGCUGUGUCUGUACUUCCACAAGGAAGGGCCUCACCAGGGCAAGUAUCUCGGGGUGUGGGGCAGCGCAACCAAGGGCGAGACUGUCCUGCAGGCCGCACACCGCAUCCUGAAGGACGAGGCUUCGCUUGAGUCUGACGCAAUCGUGGUGGUUGGGAUGAACAGCUUCAUCCAGCCUGUGGAUGAUGAAGGGUCAGUGGAGGAGUGGCUGGAGUACUCAGUGGUCGCCAGGGGCGUCAGGGGCACACCAAAGUCGACGUCUGCACUGGAGCCAUCCUGGGUCGACGUCGAGGUGGGUGAGGCGACACAUCCCCAGUGGCCAUGGAGGAGGUACAUACGUGCGUGUGUCUCGUGGCAAUCAGGCCAUUCCCUACGACAAGAUGUGGGCUGACGACUUCCACUGGUUCCCGCCGGCUCUGCAGGGCACCCCGUUUGUCGCCGUGUGGCAGUUCGUCAACUCACAAGACAACAAGAUGGAGCAAUACGACAUCCGACACGUGGCACAAGAGGAGCUGCAGCGCCGGACUGCAGCAGCUGAGCAGCUCUUCCUGUAAGGGAGUGCGUUCGUGCGUGCAUGUGUGUG